AUGAAGGAGGUGGGUCAGAAGAAGAACAUCCUGGCCAAGACGCUCCAGAAGUGCCGGUCGUUGGGCCACCGGAGGCAGCCGGCAGCCUACGGCGGUGGCGGCAGCGCCAGUGCCCCGGCGUCGCCACGCGCGGCCGAUGGCAGGGCGGCGGCGUGGGCCGUGCCGGCGGGGUACUUCGCCGUGCUCGUGGGGCCGGAGAAGGAGCGGUUCGCGGUGCGCGCCAGGUGCGCGAACCACCCCCUGUUCCGGGCGCUGCUGGACGAGGCCGAGACGGAGUACGGCUUCGCCGGCUGCGCCGGCCCGCUCGAGCUGCCCUGCGCCGUCGAUGAUUUCAUGGAGGUGAUGUGGGAGAUGGAGCAGGGGGGCGGCGUCGCGUCGUCGCCCAGCUGCGCUCGCUUCGCCGGCAGGGGCCACCACCAACAACAACAGCGCCACGGGUACCACAUGUUGAGUCCGGGCACGUUCCGGUUCCUCGUCGCCGGCCGAUCGUGA